AUGUCGCUGAUGGAUAAUCUGUUAGGUAUCCUUCGGGUUCGCGUCAAACGCGGUAUCAAUCUCGCCGUUCGUGACGUUUGCAGCAGCGAUCCUUACGUCGUCCUCAAGAUAGGUCGCCAGAAAUUAAAAACCAAAGUGGUGAAGAAAAAUGUAAACCCAAAUUGGGAAGAAGAUUUAACAUUCACCGUCACCGACCCUAAUCUCCCGCUCAAUCUGAUUGUGUACGACCACGAUUUCUUCAGCAAGGACGAUAAAAUGGGAGACGCAGAGAUCGAUUUGAAACCGUACAUCGAAGCAUUACGAAUGGAGCUUUCCGGUUUACCGGACGGAACCAUUAUAUCGACGAUCCACCCGAACCGUAGCAACUGCUUAGCCGAGGAAAGCUAUGUCCGAUGCAUCAAUGACCGAAUCGUUCAAAACAUUUGUCUACGUCUACGUAACGUUGAGCGUGGUGAAGUUGAAAUUGAGCUUCAGUGGAUUGAUCUUCCCGGUUCUAAAGGAUUGUGA